UAGAAAUUAUAGAAAACCAAAUUAACAUCAGUAACUUCAAUCAAAAAUCUUUACAAUCAUGUUGUUAGCUAAAUUUAAAUCGCCAAAACCGUUCUUUACAAAUACAGGGAAAUCCCAUUUAACUUGUAUACCAAUGAGAAGUCUUCAAGUAUCUAUCAUAGGCUCCAUUGGAGAGGUUGGAUCUAAUUUGGCUUUACUAUUAAAACAGAAUCCAAAGAUUUCGAGAUUACAAUUGUACGACGAUAAUGAAAAUGUGAAUAAACUAGCAAUGGAAUUAGACUGUUUACCAGGCGGACCUAGUGUGUCGGCUUUCGCGGGUCCAUCCAUGUUACGUCCGGCGAUACGUUUUACAGACCUCAUCCUAAUGGUCGACAGGACUCACAGGAAGCCAGGUAUUAAACGGGAGCAAAUGAUUUUCGCCAACGCACCUCCAGUUCAGAAGCUUUGCAGAGCAAUGGCUGAACAGAAUUCGACGGCAUUUUUAGCUAUGUCUACAAGUCCGUUAAAUUCAAUAGUACCAUUUGCAAGCGUACUUUUGCUUAAUUAUGGCAGUUACAAUCCAUUUAAAGUGUUUGGUAUUACGCACCUCGAUUUAGCGAGGACACGAUCUCUUGCUGGUAAUGUUCUACAAGCGAAUCCAAUGUCAUUACAAAUACCAGUGAUCGGGGGACAUUCGGAUGAGACGAUAGUUCCGCUAUUUUCGAAUAUUUCACCGAAGACAUACGAAUUAUCCGAACGCCAAGCUGAUAUGUUAACGAGACUAAUAAGAAAAGCUGGUGUGGAGGUUGUUAAUAAAAAAUAUGGUGUCGAAUCCGCCACCUUGUCGAUGGCAUGGGCGAUAAAUGAGUUUGUGGAUUGUAUUUUAGAUGCGUUACGUGGAGCUGAAGUGAUUGUAAAUUCGUAUACGGCGAAUCCUCAUUUUGGAACAAAAUUUUUCUCUGGUCCUACCAUAGUUGGACCACAAGGUUUGGUACAACCAUGCUAUGAAUUCAAAUUGAACGAAUAUGAAGAUAAACUUUUAGAUAAAGCAAUUCCGAUGAUAAGUCGAGACGUAGCCCAAGGAGAGCAAUAUGUUGACGUGUUUGAAAGCUUUGUGAAGAAAUUUUAAUUUAAAUUUUGUUUAUGUGUUCAAUAAGUUUGACAAAAUAAAAAUUGAUUUUAUGUA